GUUUAAUUAAAAUAUAAGAAACCUUCAUGUAACCGUUUAUGACAGCCUUUUUCUUUAUUUAAUGCAAUAGGUAAAAAUUAUGUAAUACAGGAAGUAUUUUCAUUAUAUUAUUGAAUAUACGAACGAUUUUAGUUAAAGUAAAAUAAAAUGAUAUGAUUAAUAUUUUGGUAUGAGAAAAGUUAGCAGAAUGGAAGUACAAAAUGGAGCUAAAGAAAACAUUCACAUUAUGCAAGUACCUACUUCUCCUAACUUUUUAAGACCAAAACCAAUUAAACUAAGAAAGAAGAUAAAAAGAACGCUUACACCUGCACCUUUAACUGAAGUAAAUGUUAACAAAAAUGAAAUUGGAUUUUUAUUGAAGUCAUCCAAAACAUAUGUAAAUCCCUUUAGACGUGAACAGAAGCGCAAAAGAGAACCAGAUAAUGCAGAUGAUGACUCGAAUUCUUUUCUGACAAAAAAAGUGAAUGGAUCCCCUGAUCGAAGUUUUAAUCAUACCAGCACAUUGCUGUCGCCUAUUGUACCAUCUAUAUUAGAUGAAAAUGCUGUUUUUGCUUUCUCUGAUGAUGUAUCUACAUCCAGUAAAGUAGAAAAAGGAAAGGUAUGA